GCAACAGUCACAGCAUUUAGUUGCAGCUUCGGGAGGGAACCGAACCCCAAGGAGAACGGCAUUAUACGGUGGGUCAUGCCGUUAAAUCACCGCCUUCGAUGCCAGUGUACCAGCAUCUACCCUGGGGGCAUGAACACGUAUACACCCGAGAGAGGGUUUGAUCCGUUUUACACCGAUCACCCUCUCUUCACAGACCUCGAUGUUGAAAUAUUCAACUACUUUGACUGUGAAAAUUGUUUCCUGACUUGUGAAAACGGAGGUACAUUCACAGACGAUCCCUGCCAUUGUUCGUGUGAACCAAACUGGACCGGCAAAACAUGUACUGAGUGUGCAUUGACUGACUGUGAGAAUGGCGGUGUGUUCGAUGAAACAAACUGCACGUGUAGAUGCCCGAAACAGUGGAAGGGAAAUACCUGUACUAAGUGUGCAUUGACUGACUGUGGUAAUGACGGUACCCGCAAUGAAACAACCUGCACGUGUACAUGCCAGAAAGAGUGGAUGGGAAAUAACUGUACUGAGCCUAGAUACUACGACUAUCAAGACUACUACGAGGCUGUUAACCGUGAGGAUGGUGUUUACACUAUUUACCCAUUGAAGUAUCCAGAAGGCCUUGAUGUAUACUGUGACAUGACCACCUGGCCAGGAUGGAUUUAUAUUCAGCAGGGGUUUCCCAGAGGCAAUUUCACCCGCGGGUGGAAUGAGUACAGAGAUGGCUUUGGUGACUUAACUAGUGGGAGCUUCUGGCUGGGAAAUGAGAAGAUCCGUCAGUUGACUGAGGGUGGCGCCGCCUCGUGGGAGAUUCAAGUCAAUGUCUUGGGUGCUUGGUAUAAGCAUCAUCAGGCUGAACUCGGUAACUUUCGCCUCUCUGGUGAUAACUACACCCUUCAUGUUGACGGUUCAAUGCAAUUUGGAGACGGUUGUGUGAUUUUAUCUGCAAACGGCAAGCCAUUCUCAACAUACGACAGAGACAACGAUGGCGACGAAGGGAUAAACUGUGCCGAGGAGUCGAAGGGAGGCUGGUGGUUUGAUGGUUGUGAUGCUGGAGGGAACGGGGGAGAGAUUAAUCUUAAUACCGAGUUCCCAACUAGUGAUUAUGGAUGUGUUUUGUGGAGAAGUUCGCUUAAAAUCAGACGCAUCGGAGAAACUCAACCACCCAAACUCUAAAACAAAGACAAAUUUACUAACGCAUCCUGAAGGUCGGGAUUCCAUGCGUUUUCAUGAGGGAGCAAACCCGCUGGAACUUUAAGAAGCGAUAAUUUUGUAAUCCAACACAAGCCCAUUUAACCCAUCAAGGCAUCCGUCUACUUUUGGAUUGCAACCAAAUAAAUCAACAUCAUAAAAGUAAAAAAGACAAGAAAAAAACAGUCUGCAAAAUAAUUCUUAACGUUCGAUGUUUUUUUUAAACAUUCAUAAUCAUGUAAAAAGUUAAUUUGUUCAUCGGGAAAAGGACAACCGGUGUCGUAAGUUACAGACGUCUCUGUAUUUGUCAAAAAAUAUUGCAUACGGAGGGAGUAAAUUUGUUGUUGACGACAAUAAUUUACAUGGUUGUUUAGUUAUUACUUAUAUCAGUUAAAAUAUAUUUGUAAAAAGAGAUGAACAUAAAGACUUUUGGGGAGUGCAACUCAACAUUUAAAAUACUAUAAUAUUACAAAUAAAAGUAAAAGUUUUGUUUCAAACUGAGGAUUAUUAUUAUUAGUAAAUCAAUCAAUUAUUUAUAUUGAUCUCUAUAAUUUUCCCAUUUUAUGUUAACCAAGAUUUUCCCCUUUUUUAAUUUUAAGGUUUGAAGGUGUGCUUAAAGUUGGUACAAAUUAUUCAAUUUAACAUUUUAACAGUUUUUUAUGUUAGUCCCCAUUUUUAGAACCCUUUUAAAGUCACCUGGAAGUGG